AUGGCCGCUCCCCGGGGACCCCCUGAAGCCGCUCUCGGCGCGACCGCACGGCCUCCGGGCCGCCGCGCUCCGCUGCCCCCGGCCGCUACAACAAUGGGCCAGCCCGGGAGUCCGGCGCCCGCGGCCUCCGCCCGCCGAGCCCCGCCGCCCCCCGCGACCCCCGGCCGCCGCCCGAGGCCCCGCGCGGCCUCCCAGCCCGGCCUGCCCGAGCAGCGCCGCCCUGACCUUCCCUCCCGCGCGACCCCCAGGACCGGCGCGGCUCGAGGCCCGUCCCGAGAGAUGGGUUGUUUUCCUUUUCUUCAGUCCACUCCGCCGCCCGCCAGCCCCCGGCCCGCUCCCCGCCCCCAGCCGGGAGAGAAAAUACGGAGUCCACGGCCCGGCCGCGCCAACUCACUCCAAGUGCGGGCUGCGAGCGCCCCAGGCCGCGGGCUCCGAGCGCCCACCCGCCGUUCCUCCGGGGACACCUCACAGGUGCGCCUCCGAGCCGCGCGCGCGCUCCGCACACCCAGACGCCUCCGGGGGACGGCGCGCGUGCGCACGCACGAGGCCGGCGAGCCCCUAGGGAGAAGGGCCGCACGCAUGCGCGCCGUACGGCCCGCGCCCCCGCCCCCACCGCGGCGCGAGCGCGCUCCCGCCGGCCUCCCUCGCCGCCCCCUGCCCCCGCCCGCGUUACCCAGGGCAACCGCACUGCGGCCGCACCUGAGCAAGUGCGCCUGCGUCCCACCCGCCGGACCCUCCCUUCCCCUGGGUCCUUGCCCCCGCCCUGCCUCAGCAGCGGGGAGUGGGGCGUUGCCCCCUCCCCGCCGAGUGAGUGCCGAUCGGCUCCCCCGCCCCUACCCGCACUUGCAGCCAGCCGCCGCGCCGGCGCCGCGCCCGCCCGCCGGGUCAGAGCGGCCAGGCCUCGGCGCGGCCGGCUCCCAGGGUGCAUCGCGGCGAGCGCUCGCUGGGACCGGAGAGAUGCGCCGGACGGGCGGCGCCCGCUGA